AUGCGCUUGCUCUUGUCAUGCGCUCGCUCUUGGCAUGCGCUCGCUCUUGUCAUGCGCUCGCUCUUGUCAUGCGCUCGAUCUUGUCAUGCGCUCGCUCUUGUCAUGCGCUCGCUCUUGUCAUGCGCUCGCUCUUGUCAUGCGCUCGCUCUUGUCAUGCGCUCGCUCAUGUCAUGCGCUCGCUCUUGUCAUGCGCUCGCUCUUGUCAUGCGCUCGCUCUUGUCAUGCGCUCGCUCUUGGCAUGCGCUUGCUCUUAUCAUGCGCUCGCUCUUGGCAUGCGCUCGCUCUUGUCAUGCGCUCGCUCUUGUCAUGCGCUCGCUCUUGUCAUGCGCUCGCUCUUGUCAUGCGCUCGCUCUUGUCAUGCGCUUGCUCUUGUCUGCUGCUCUUGGCAUGCGCUCGCUCUUGUCAUGCGCUCGCUCUUGCGCUGUCAUAAUCAAGUCUGCACCUGAACGGGUGGUGGGCACGCCCAAUGGCUCCGCGGCAUUCCAGCAGUUCCCCCUCGACACGGUCGCCCGCGCCACCAACGAUUGGGCCACGGCCAACCUGCUGGAACCCUCUGUUGUGCAGGUGGCGCAGAUGGCCACGAAGCACCACCCCGAUUUGGUGCGCCUGCUGGGGUUGGCAGUGGGAGGUGACGUGCACACGCGCGUGGAGAACGUGCUGCUCUACGAGUUCGUUGCCAACGGGGACCUCGAGCGCUGGAUGGGCCCAGGUGCAGCGCGUACAACAGCAGUCCCACUGAGGGCAGUAGCAUCAGUGUUGCUUCUUCCACUGACUGGCUUGCUUCAUGCAUGUGUACCCGCGUGA